AUGUUUCCCCACCCCCGACGAAUCGUCACCGGGCAUAGUCCACAAGGCGCAGCCAUCGUGGUGGACGACGAUGUGAUUCCUUGUCUCCCAACAGCAAUCAAGUGCAAUUUUGCUGUGCUCUACGAGACCCAUCAAUUCCCCGCAUCUAACGAUGAAUGGGUUGAUCCAGCUCAAAGCCGCACCACGGACCUGUCCAACAAGAUGGGCACCGUGCUCCGAGUGGUCGAUUUUCCAGCCAACACGGAAACCAUCUUCCAUCGGACAGAAUCUUUGGAUUACGGGAUUCUGCAUAGCGGGGAGAUUACCUGUCACCUUGAUGAUGGAGUUCGGGUGGACAUGAAGGCCGGCGAUGUUUGCAUUCAGCGAGGCACCAUCCACGGAUGGACAAACUACUCCGAUAAGCCUGCAAGAAUGUAUUUUAUACUCUCUGCAGCUCAUCCGGUCACAAUUGGAGAGAAGGUUCUUGGAGCCACGGGCUACUCGAAGAAUGCAGUCUCCUCUGGUGGGAACGCCGACUAG